CUCACUCUCUCUCUCUCUCUCUCUCUCUCUCCCUCUCUCCGGUCUGGCAGUGCGGUGGUGCGCUCUGUGUUUCCAGUGUACUCUGAUGGCCAUGCCGGGCAGGUUCAGUGUGUGAGUGCAGUGGGAGCACCUGCCUUUGGAAUCUAGAUCCACAGACGACGAAGCCAGGGCGUGCAGCAGAAACUGGGGAGUACCGGAGCCUAUCCCUCUAUCUCUCUCACUCAGACACACACUCAGACACACUCAGACACACUCACACACACACACACACACACACACACACACACACACACACACACACACACACACACACACACACACACACACACACACACACACACACACACACACACACACACACACAUAUACAGGCACACCUAUCUCUCUCUUAUGGGUUUCUCUUUCAAUCUGUCUGUCUUCUUCUAACACACACACACACACACACACACACACACACACACACACACACACACACACACACACACACACACACACACACACACACACACACACACACACACACACACAACCGCACGCAAGCACAAGCACAAAGGCUGUUUCGGUGCUGUCUGCCACCAUCUGUGCCUCCUUUCUCCACACUCUCUGAUGCUAUUGUUGUGAGCAGCGAGACACUCACCGCUGGGCUGGAUGGAGCCACAGGGAGGGGCUGGGAGUCCAGAGCCCAAUAAAGACAUCCAGCGACUGCUGAGGUCCUCCAGCUCCGGGGACCUGUCCAAAGAGCUCUUCCACCACCCGUUUGGUGACGAGGAGGCUGGGGGUCUCUCCGGACACACGGCCAGCUUGCUGCACGUCAAAGAGAGGAGACGUGAGUACAGGGAGCCCCUCAGCAGCGUGUCCUCUCUGGAGGUGCACUUUGACCUCCUGGACCUCACCGAACUCACCGACAUGUCCGAUCAGGAACUGGCCGAAGUCUUCCCCGACUCGGAUGACGAGAACCACAACGACUCUCCGGCAGGUCCCCACCAGCCCAUCCUGCCACGAGGGGGCUACAUGCGCUCCCCCUCCUGGACGCGCUGCAGCAAGGCGGACGCCCCCCGAGAGAGGAAGCACCACAGCGACUCCGACUCCACAGAGCCCUUCAUGAAGCUGGAGCGGCCCAAGCAGCCCUGAGAGAACGAGAGAGAGAGAGCUGGCAUCGGCGUGCCCCCCCCCCCAAACCCAACCCCACCACCACCACCACCACACACCCGAGGUCCUUUGUGCUACAGGGACUGUUUCAGAUUGGGCUCUGGUACUAAUGGUCUGCAACAAGGCUGAUGGAAUAUAGAGAGGAACCAUGCAAUAUGCAAACCCUCUCUUACUAUCAGUUUGACUGCACUCGUCCAUGCUCGCUCUGUCUGUCUGUCUGUCUGUCUGUCUGUCUGUCUGUCUGUCUGUCUGUCUGUCAGUCAAUCUCUCUCUCUCUCUCUCCCUCUCCCUCUCUCAGCCACACUCAUAGGAGUGUAUAGGGAAAGUCAUUGUUUAAUUGAGGAACUGGGUUUUUUAAUCGCACUCUGAGUGAGUUGUCUGGGCUUUAUUUAAAAACAGGGUAUGUUGUCCGUGGGAGAAUGGCCCCUCCGUUCCCCUGGCCUCUCAGGGGUGGGCAGCAGAGUCUGAAUGGGAGCACAGUGUGUCUAGGUUUAGGGGCCAGCAUGCAGUCUGGAGCCUCUGUACCUCCACACCCUUCCCCAAUGAGAGGUUAGAAAGAGUAUUAAUAUCCAGCAAUAGAUAUUCCCUGAUUAUCUGUGAACAUCCAUACAGGACUAGAGCAUGAGAACCGGGUGGUCAUUUAAAGGCAACCACUGCUGGGGAUCACUACUUUUCGUUUUGUAACGUUUGUUGUCCAUCAAACCUUCUCCAUCUUCCGCGCGUGUGUGUGUGUGUGUGCCGAAGAUUACCAAAACGAAAAACACAAAGAUUGCACUCACUUUAAUUUCGGUGCAAGGUUUUUUUCCACACUGUGUUAACACGACCAACAUGAAGACGGCUACGUUCAAUAUACUCUCUGCUCAAUUCCAUGCUUGACAGUAUUUUAAUUGUCUGAAAAGAAACCACAAAUGUGUGCCAGUUUACUCUUAUUGGAGAUGGUCAUUGCUGCAAUUGUUUUUCAGGGUCUGUUAAGACAGGGUCUGUUUCAGUUCUUGUACAAUUUUACCACGUUGUUUUGCAUUUUCAAACAAAUAUAAUAAAGUGCCAACAGACUGCAGAUAUUA